GCGAGCGGCUCGCCAUGCCGCACCACUAUGAGUCCUCCGCACAGUUUCGCCAUCCGAGACUUACUCCCAGAGGCAUCGUCGCGCUCCCCCUCACCCUCAGACACGGAGCUCGACGUCACCGGCACAGAAACGCCGCCCCCAAGCUCCUCGAAAGACUCCAACGAAGUUAAAAAGAAGAACGAGAAACCAGCGUACAGCUACAACGCGCUGAUCAUGAUGGCGAUCCGCAGCAGCCCUGAGAAACGGCUGACGCUCAACGGUAUUUACGAGUACAUCAUGAAGAACUUCCCGUACUACAAGGAGAACAAGCAAGGUUGGCAAAACUCCAUUCGCCACAAUUUGAGUUUGAACAAAUGUUUCGUCAAAGUGCCAAGGCAUUACGACGAUCCUGGAAAGGGGAAUUAUUGGAUGUUGGAUCCUUCUUCGGAUGAUGUGUUCAUUGGUGGUACGACGGGGAAGCUGAGGCGGCGGUCGACGGCGGCGUCGCGGUCGCGGCUGGCUGCGUUCAAGCGGGGAGCUCUGCUACACCCUGUGUUCGGAGCCCCUUACGCUUCUCUCGUAGGACUGUACCCACCCUUGUUGUCUGUGUACGGGCGCUAUAUGCCCGCGCCGUUGCUGCGCUUGCCCCCACCGCCGUACCAUCAGCUGUACCGUCGGAUCCACGGCUUGCCGCCGAGCCCACCGCAAGAUCCAGACCCCCACAUGAAGCACAGUUGAUAGAAAACACGGGAGACACUCCAUAAAUCGAAAUCUUUAACUGUUGUAAUAUAGUGACGGGCAAAAGCAGGGAUCUGGCAACGGCGAUUGGUCAGACGUAAGUUGGUGUACUUUUAUUGGGUCUGAUAAAUGCAUUGAUUUGUGUGGUGAAGAAGAAAGUAAGUUAGAAUCAACAGACCCACACAUGAAGC